AUGACUCAGUUGUGGGAAAUUUCACAAGAUGAAAUCGUACCUUCGCUGCUAUACAUCAAGGACUGGCGUUGUGAAGCUCAAACUUACCACGCAAUGGCUUGUCAACAAGGCGACUAUCUCCAGCUCACCUCAGCGAUUCGCUCCAUUUCGGCCGAAACUACGGAAACAGAGGUCGUGGAAGAUCUUGAUAGCAUGGAGAAUGGACUGAAUGAAUACCAGAGAGUCUUUUCGCUCAUUCAGGAGAGCAAGGAUAUAAGAAUGGAGAUGGAAAGGACUCCUCGCAAGUAUCUCAACUAG